CCAACCUCCGUCCACAACAUCCCCCGCUGGCUCGCCCUCGUCCGUCUCCACAAGUACACGGCGCUCUUUGCGGAUAUGAAGUGGGAGGAUAUGAUCAUGUUGGGGGAGGACGAGUUGGAGGGGAUGGGUGUUAGUGCAUUGGGGGCGAGGAGGAAGUUUGUGAGGUUGUUU